UUUCAAUUGCACCCACAUCGUCUUUCACUUAUCUUUACCCAUACACUGUUUCAUAUACACCAUUAACUGGUUCAAAAUCAAAGGAGACACGUGGUUUCUUCUUCUUCUUCUUCUUAUUUCUAACCAUGUCUGGUGUUCUUCUUUGGGUGGUUUGUCCCAAAGGGAAUGCCACUGCUUUGUUCAGCUUGAUACCCACGAGUGGGAAGAAGCCGAAGAGGUGUUUCAAAGGGGUUUCAGCUAUUUCAAGUGCAGUGGCCAACCCAGCCAGAUCUUCAGAAGAGAAAGUUUACGAUGUGGUCUUAAAACAGGCUGCUUUGGUUAAACAACCAAGGGCUUUGGAUUUGGAGAAAAGAAAUGGAAAAACCGAUGGGUUCGCUGAUUGGAAUCUCUUGAAUGAAGCUUACGAUCGUUGUGGUGAAGUUUGUGCUGAAUAUGCCAAGACCUUCUAUUUGGUUUGGUGUAGGAGAACUGAUGAGCUUGUGGAUGGACCUAAUGCUUCACACAUUACACCUAGGGCUCUUGACCGAUGGGAGAAAAGAUUAGAUGAUCUUUUCAAAGGUCGACCGUACGAUAUGCUCGAUGCUGCUUUAGCCGAUACUGUCUCUAAGUACCCUGUAGAUAUACAGCCCUUCAAGGACAUGAUAGAAGGAAUGAGAUUAGAUUUAAGGAAGUCCAGAUAUAUGAACUUCGAUGAGCUCUACCUUUACUGCUACUAUGUUGCCGGGACGGUCGGACUAAUGAGUGUUCCGGUAAUGGGAAUCGCUCCCGAAUUGAAGGCAUCGGUCGAGAGUGUCUAUAACGCUGCGUUAGCCCUCGGAAUUGCAAAUCAGCUUACUAAUAUACUCAGAGAUGUUGGUGAAGAUGCUAGGAGAGGAAGAGUAUAUCUACCACAAGACGAACUGGCACGGUUUGGACUAUCAGACGACGACAUAUUCCGUGGACAAGUAACGGACAGGUGGAGGAACUUCAUGAAAGAUCAGAUAAAACGAGCUAGGAUGUUCUUCAGUGAGGCGGAAAAAGGUGUUUCCGAGCUAAAUUCGGCAAGCAGAUGGCCAGUGUGGGCAUCGCUGUUGCUGUAUCGACAGAUAUUGGACGCCAUUGAAGAAAAUGAUUAUAACAAUUUCAGCAAAAGAGCUUAUGUAGGGAAACUAAAGAAAUUUGCAUCUCUUCCAGUGGCAUAUGGAAGAGCACUUAUGGGCACUUCCAAAUUUAUUUGAAAAUUUUCAUUUUACAUUUUAUUCUCUUUAUAUAUAUAUAUAUAUAAUUUAU